AUGUACGCCAUUACCAUCCUCGUUCCCUUCCUUCUGGCCCUUGACGCCAUGUUCGCCGCCCCCUUUGGAGGAGCUAUCGGCAUGAUUAUGAUCUCUUGUCUCUCCGGUUAUGAUGACAGCGAUCCCUCUGCUAAUGUCGGCGCUCUUUUGGCAAACACUCUCACGGCUAUUUGCGUGAAGUACGUCUUUGGAGGAGGUAUUCUCCGGGAGAUCCACGGCAUCGCGCUCAUGUGCGCAUGCAAAGAUUCUUGGGGUGUCACUUAUCCCAGCGCGAUUACCGUUGCGACGAUCAUGAUAAUGCAUAAGUUUCUCACUCGCGACAAGCAUAUGUUUUAUCUUGAUCUUGUCAUGAUUGUCUGCGCUGCAACCCCUUCUCUUCGGCGCAUCCCUCUCCAGGUACUCUCCGUGGUUCUCACACUAGCCCACCGCACAUAUUUACUCAUGCGACGUUUCUUGGCUCUCAUUCUGCGCGUUACGGUGUCUAUCUUUAAGCUCCCUCUUACUCUCUGGCGCCAGUUAUGUCGAGUUAUAAGAAAGCCUAAGAUGGUUCACACUAGCACGCAGAUGGACACUCACAGCCAACCUCGACCUCAACUGGCCAUAUCUGCGAUCAUAACUAUCACAGACAUGCCCCCUAUUACCCCUCCUGAGCCGCCUAUGCCUACACCCAUAGUCUACUCUCACAAGUCCGUUCUUAAGAUCUUUCGAAAGUCUAAGCCGAGAAUUACAUUUCUUCGAAGAUCUUCGUUUAUGAGCGAAGAGGGUACCGGAACAGGGCUUGUCGAGGAGAUACUACAGGCUCCAGGUCAGACGGUUUCUUCACGUGAAUACCUCAGGAAUAAGUGGGCUACUGCCAAGCAACCUAACCAGCCCAAGCCGACUGAAGGUACACCUAAGUCUAAAGAGCCUGUUAGCAACCAACCUAGUAUCCAGCAGCCUAUUAUCGAACAGUCCGCUAUUGACCAGUCUACCAUCGAGCAGCCUACCAUCGAGCAGCCCGUCAUCGAGCAGCCCGUCAUCGAGCAGCCUACCCCUGAGGAGUCUGCCCCUGAGAAGCUCAGUGAUGACAUGCUUUCUAUCGAGAUGCUUCCUACUCAUGGUUCUCCUAUCUCUCAACCCGCCGACGAGGAGCCUCUAGGUGUCCAGCCUGCUGUGGAGCAGCUGGUCAUUGAGCAAGCUGUUGCUGUUGAGGGACAUAGUACCGAAGACCCCUCGACCAACGGCCCUGCUACCUUCGAGCUGCCUCCCGCGGAGCAGCAAUCCACUGUGCGGGCCAUUACUGAGCAACCUACCUCCCAGUCCCCCGAGAUUCAGGAGAUGCCUCUCACCGAGCAGCUUACUGAGACGAACUCCAUGGAGAAGUCUACUAUUUCGGAGACUCUUAAGGAGGAAUCCUCGGCCGAGCAAUGUGCAAUGGAACAGCCUAUCGAGAAACCCAUUGUGGAGGACCAUGCUAUUGAACAACUUUCACACGAUGAGCAACCAUCCAAUGAUAUGGCUCAAUGGGAAGAGAUUCUUGACAAUAUACUAGACGAAAUGCUGUCUCUAGAUAAUUCACAGCAAGCCGAGGACAGCCAAUUUAGCAGUGAGCAGAUUGUUAUCCAUGAGCCACAUAUCGUCCCCGCGCCAGCAGAGUUCGAUUCCAAUAUACAACUUUUGGAGAACCCUAUGGGCAUGGAACAAGCUGUCGAAAAUGGCCAUCUUUUCGACAGUGAACAGCCUCCUCUAACCCAACCUACCCCCGUGUUCACGUUCAGCACCGAGCAGCCUACUGAAGCUGGACAAUCUACCUCCACUUUUAACUUCGGUGUUGGACAAUUCACACCCACAUUCUCGUUCGUCAAUGAGCAGCCCACCGAAGUUGAACAGACUGCUGCCAUCUUUGAUUUCGGUGCUGAACAGUUUAUUCAACCCGAACAACAUACACCUAUAUCCUCCUUCCUUAACGAGCAGCCAACUCAGGCUCCACAGCCAAUGCCGGUGCUAUCUUUCGGUAAUGAGCAGUUCGCGGAAGUUGAGCAACCUGACUUUACUUUUAAUUUCGAUGGUGAACAAUAUGCACCUGUACUCCCUUUCGGCACCGAGCAGUCCACGGAAGCUGGACAGUCUGCCCCUAUCUUUAACUUCGGUGGCGAACAAUCUGCGCCGAUGUUCUCUUACGGCAACGAGGAGCCUAUCGAACCCGGACACUCCAUAAUGGCUCACAGAGCCAAGCUGAUCAGGGCUCCUCGGAUCAGCAAAACCGGCAGAUUAAUGCAAACGAGCCAAUGA